UUUUUUUUAAGGCCAGCAUUUGGGGAAAAAAAUACACAGAGUUAAUAGAAUCAAUUGUAUAUGAGCAAUGUACAUUUUUUGGAAAUACAACUUUCAGAAGGAAUUUGAUUUUUAAUGUUCAAGUGAAGAAAACAAAAUAUCUUCUGGAAAUGAAUAAUCUGCGGUUUUUAAUUUUAAUGCAUGACAGUAAAGACCCCAGAAGCUGAAAAUUUUGUUUUGUCUGCAGUGUUAAAUAAUAUUGGAAGUAAGAGGACAGUAAAGGAUGCAUUAAAACUAUGUUUCUACUUACUACCGUGUUUAGAAUUUUCUCAGGUGGCUGAAAUUAAUUGUAAUUACGGAUAUAGUGUCACAAACAUGUUUUUGUAAUAAACCUAACAUGGUGUAAUCACAGGGGCAACAUUUACAAGCUCUGAUUUUGGAUAAAUUGCUUAAACUUCCUUGCCAAUGUUCUUAUCUAAAAAUGUGCAUGAUAAUAGCACCGACAGUAUGAUAUUUCCAUGGAGAUUGAACAUGUUAGCAAACAGAAGCAUUGUGGACACUGGUAGGUUCAUGUUAAUUACAUAAUACAUGUUACUUUUGAUUAUAUAACAUUCCAAUGUCAAUUUAUACCCAUAUUUAUACAUGGCAACGAAAUUAAGAUUUUGUUUAGUCACAUUUUGUAAACCACUCUUCAUUAUCAUUUUCUGGAAACACAAAACUAUGUAUAUAUACAUUUUUUAACACCAGGUGGUUCAUCCAAACAAAAGCCUAUUUGAAGUCACUGCUGCUAAGUAUCAACUCUAACCUCCUAUGGCUUAGAGAAGCUGCACACUAUGGGCAGAAGGAAUAAUACAAACGUGUCUGACUUUGUCCUCAUGGGACUGGCGGACUCUGAAGAGAUCCGGCUGGUCCUUUUUACUCUAUUUCUCCUGAUAUACCUGGUUACUCUGCUGGGGAAUACAGGGAUGAUACUAAUAAUCCGCCUGGAUCUCCAGCUUCACACCCCCAUGUAUUUUUUCCUCAGUCAUCUGUCAUUCCUUGACCUCAGCUACUCGACGGUCAUUACUCCUAAAACCUUAGAGAACUUACUGACUUCGACCAAGGAUAUUUCAUUUGUGGGCUGUUUCACCCAGCUUUAUUUUUUUGUCUUCUUGGGUGCCACUGAAUGUUUUUUUCUCUCUUCAAUGGCCUAUGAUCGCUACGUAGCUAUCUGCAACCCUCUACAAUACCCAGUUGUUAUGUCCAUGACACUCUGCCGCUCCCUCAUCACUGCAUCCUAUGUGAUUGGCUUCAGUGUCUCCUUUGUCAAUGUGCCUUGCAUAAACACUUUGCAUUUCUGUGAUUCCAAUGUAAUCCAUCACUUUUUCUGUGAUACACCCCAAAUUUUAGCCCUGUCCUGCACUGACACACAUGACAUUGAGAUCAUGGUAAUUGUUGUUUCUGGCUGGACAUUAAUAGUGUCUCUUACCACAAUCUCUGUGUCCUAUGCAUCCAUUCUCUCUACUAUCCUGAAAAUCAAUUCCACUUCAGGAAAGCGAAAAGCCUUCUCUACCUGUGCCUCCCACCUCCUGCGUGUCACCAUCUUCUACGGUACCAUGAUUUUUACUUAUUUAAAGCCAGGUAAGUCCUACUUCUUGGGAAAGGACCAAGUGGCCUCUGUUUUUUAUACGAUUGUGAUCCCCAUGCUGAAUCCACUCAUUUAUAGUCUCAGGAACAAAGAAGUGAAAAAUGCUCUCAUUAGAGUUAUGCAGAAGAGAGAGAGCACAAGUCAUGUAAGACGACAGUGAUGUUCCCUAUUUAAUCUCAUAUAUUCUUUCUUUCCUAGUAGGUAUUUCUUUGGUUUUUCUCUCUAAAAACAAUCUAAUCUUUCAAUUAGUCUCUGUUUCUGUUGAGCCAGUCUUUAUUUAACUAUAUAUGAUCUUAGACAUUUCCAGCAAUAAGCUUUUUUUAGAAAUCUGUAUUGUAAUUGGAAACCAGUAAAUAUGAGUUAAACUUGUCAUUUAAAUAUAUAUGCUUUUAAGGGAAAUUAAUAUGCAAAGUAAGAAAAUAUAGUAUCAUCUCUUAAACUAUAUCACACCAACCUUCAUGCAUAUCUGAUUUCAAAGAAUUUAGUUAUGGGCAAUGGAGCCCUGGUGGCCCAGUGGUUAAGAGCUCAUCUGCUAACCAAAAGGUUGGCAGCUCAAAUCCAUGAGCUGUCCAUUAGAAAUCCUGUGGGGCAGUUCUUCUUCUGUCCUGUAGGUCACCAUGAGUCGGGAUUGACUUGGUGGUAAAGGGUUUGGUUUGGUGGUUUUUUUAAACUGUAUCAUACCAACCUCCAUGCAUAACCAAUUUCAUAGAAUUCAGUUAUGGACAUUAGCUACAUUUUUGGUGUAAUGAUAAUGGUUUCAGAAGUCAGUUUAUGUAUUAUACAGAGAAGAAGUAUAGCACAAUGGUUAAGGGCAGUUGUUUUAGAGUUAGGCAUGGCAGAGUAGAUUCCAGGUCUGCUACCCUCUUAGCUGCAUGACCCUUAAUAAGUUAUUAACAUCUUAAGCCUCAGUUUUCUUAACUGUGAAAAAGAAAUUAUUCCUGGUCUAUAAAGUUUAAAUCUGACAAAAAGUACAUUUUGUACAGUACUAAUAAAUGCUGCUCAUUUUCAUUAGAAUAUGCACAUCCUUACAAUAUUUGUAACACGUUUGGACCUAGAAAGUUGUAAACU